CUUGCAGGCGACCCGAGCGCGAGACAAGUAUAGUUGCAGCUGACGCCAGUUGCGGGGGCCUUCGGUUGCCCGGCCGCGACAACCGCUACACCCGUAGGUGAUCAGACGGCUGAGAAUCGCGAUGGGGGUGAUGCGAUGGAGUUUAGCGGAACCAAUAAGCCGGCCUUCUGGCCUUGGGCGAGAGGAUCUCACAAAGUCUUCCCGAGUCGGCUCCUUUGCGGUUCCUUGCACGCGUGGCUAUCUCCAGAGAGGAGAGAAGCCCGCUCAUAUCUUCUUCCUACAUAGCCAUCUCCCAUUCCUGCCUAUUCGUGUGCAGCUGUAUUUUCCAGUCGACUCAAACGCAACUGUCCGAAAAGCGUGCGUUUCUCUAUCGCAACCCUCCUGAAAUCCACCAGCGCUUCCUUCACAGCCCCCAUUCUCCUCAGAUCUCGCUCAUCUGCCUUCCGUUCUUCCGAGUCGGCUCUCGUCGGGCUCUGUCCGGCCAGCCUCGGCUUCCAACUGCUCCGAUCGCACCUCGUCACGCACUUGUUUCUCUUUCGCGACUGUCUCGCGUGAUUCCAGUGAGCGCAUUUUUGAGGCGCCUCAAAAAUAGUGUCCGGAGAUCUGCUCCGAUCGCACCUCUUCACGCACUUGUUUCUCUUUCGCGACUGUCUCGCGUGAGCGUUGCGCCUUGCCGCAACCCGUGAUUGAACAAUCUUGAUUGGAUUCCGAGCUUGACAAAGACUACUUGUCGACCUUAUUCGUUCCCUCAUCGCACCUUGCAAAGCCUACCUGUCUCCACCGUGAGCGUUGCGCUUCGUUUGCAGCCUCCGCCCGUCGAUCUUAUUCGUUACCUCAUCGCCACUGGUUACUCUGAUUUCUUCGGAGCGCUGUAACACAUUCUGGAGCAAUCUUGUAACGCGGAUUCGCAGCACAGCAGAUUCGAAUCCCUUGGGAGCUCCAUGGAGCAAUUUAAAUCUGCCGAAAGGGAGUACAGUCAACUCAAGCAAGCUAAGGAAUUAUUUGUGGGCGGGACGGUCGACGGUCCUAAUCAGCGACCAGUUGCGUGGCGGACCAGUCGCAUUGCGAACAACGAUCGUCACCAACAUCCUUCGCGAAUUCAACAAGUUGGUGGUAACACUCGCGACUCAACCUUGCCCCCGCAAGGACAGCUUCCGCUGAAGCGUCGCCCGCCGCUUCUGCUGCCGCUCGCCAACGCUGCGGAAGGCGUCGUCUCGCCGGUUUUCCCCUCCCCUCCUCCGAUCCCUGCGCCUGAUGCCUCGCUGGUUACCGGGCUGACGGGGCAAGGUUGCGCCCUCGCCCGCGCGCGCACACUUGCGGGAGGCGCGGCCGCGGUGGGCGGAGUGGCAGUGGCGGUUGCGGCUGGCGCGGUGAGCGCCCACCUUGAAGACGCGGACGGCUUGGCGGUGGGGUACUGGGGAGACAGGCAGAAGCGGAGGCGGUUGUUCCCCCCGGCCGCGGAAGAGGCGGGAACCGUGGCGGAGGUGCAGAACGCUUCUGAGGAGGAUGAGGAGGGAGGAGAAGAGCAAGGGAGAGGAGUGCAGAAGGAAGGGUGUACAGUGCGUAAGGCGUGUGAGCAUCUAAGAGAUGGUGUGAGAAAGGGGAGUUCUGAUAGGCAGGGGCAAGAGCAGCGCAGGGCGAAUCAGCAGGAUGAGUUUUGUGAGCUUGAUGACGAUGAAGAUGAUUACACGGAGGACGAGGAAGAUGCCUAUGACGAGGAUGAGGAUGGUGAUGACUGCAGCGACAGUGACUGUACUGAGAGCUGGUGGGAGGAGGCUGAGAGUGAUGUGGAGGGAGGGGAGGAGGCAAAUAGUAGAUUGUCGGAGGAGAGACUGGUGGAUGGGUUGAGGGAGAGUUUUCAGAAGUUGGCGACGGAGUGUAGAGUGGCCAGGCGAAAUUAUGAUAAGCUGAGAUCGGCUUGUGAGCAGCUUCAACAACAGAACAACCUGUUCCGAUCCAAGAUCGAAACGCUUCAAGUACUUCGUGGUGGAAUUCCGCACUGCCGCACGCUUCAAGUGCUUCGUGGUUGAGCAACUGUGAUUACUAACACAGAACGUAGAGAUUUUGAAUCAACAAAAAAGUUAUCA